GUGACAGGCUACAGCCCAUCUGGUCAUGUGAUUAGGAACCGCAACUAAUAUUAUCGAGCAAACAACAAUUCGAAAACAGUCAGUCCUUGCGUGGAGAGUCAACGAAUGUCACCAAAAUGAGGAUUCUGUAAGUAUUUCGAUGACAUUUUGUAUUGUUUAGAAUGCGACAAGAAUAACUACUGUAGUCCUCGUGGUUUUUGCUUCUAGCUAAAAGGCUAAAUUGUUGACCUAUUUUACAUGAAGACCUUUGGGCUAUACUUCCUUGUUUUUUUACAGUUUGCACUUUUUAUUUGUUGACUAAGCUAUUCUAGAGAUUGUAUUUGUUUUGUGCACGAUUUCAACUGAGGGAGGCGUCGACAAUCUCUGUUGCAGCCUUGCACAGGCAGUAACACAGAGGCAGAUCCUUUGUUUAGCACAGAGGUCAAACGUUUUCUGAAUGUUAUACUUUAAUUUUGCUGAUUUUAUAAUGCUCUCGCACAUUUUAUUAAUGGUUUUCUCUGAUAUUUUGUUUGUAAACACCCUCUUAUUUACUUUAGGUUGGCCUUCAGUGUCCUCAUAUGCAGCUCAUUGGUUUUGAGUGAACAUCUUGAGGCUGAUCAAGAUAUCUUGUGAGCAAACAACCCUAACAUUGUAAAGUUUUUGGAAAUGAACCGCUACAAUGUGUGAUUUACCAUCAUUUGAAGCUACAUCACAUAAUGUAUUUUCAGGAUACCAGAAGACUGGACUCGUGUAGGCAGGAUCUCCUCCACAGAGAAGUUGGAGCUGACCUUUGCUUUGAGACAGCAGAAUGUGGACCAACUGGAAGACCUGCUGCUACUGGUUUCGGACCCUGAGUCGGCACAAUAUGGUAGAAAUCAUUCUCAUGCUUAAAACGGCAAACAUUUUACACCAUUCCUGGGCUCACUAACAAUCAAAUAGAUUUUGAGGAGAUGAAACUUACUGACUUUUAUCCCCUUGGAUAAUUGAUAUCAUUGGAUACAUUGGAUAAUAUGCAUUACUGUGUACUCCUUUACAGCACUGUGUCAAUUAUGUCUGUGUUAGGCAAGCAUCUGACUCUAGAGGAGGUGGCUGCUCUAAUACGUCCAUCCCAGCUGACCCAGAAAGUGGUUCGUCACUGGCUGCAGAGUCACGGGGUCACAGACUGCCAGACCAUCCUCACUCAGGACUUCCUCCAAUGCUCCAUGACCACGCAGUAAGGGCCUCUCUCUCAAAUCACAUGCGCCGACUACAACAGGUGUAGACUUUACCGUGAAACGCUUGCUUGGGAGCCCUUCCCAGCGAUGUAAAGUAAAAAAAUUAAUUAAUAGUAACGCGAGGAAUAAAAUACACAAGAAUGAAGCUAUAUACAGGGAGUACCAGAUGAAUGUUCAGGGUUACAAGGCAUUUGAGGUAGAUGCAUCUAACAUCUCAUUCCAAAGUCAUGGGCAUUAAUAUGGAGUUGGUCCCCCCUUUGCUGCUAUAACAGCCUCCACUCUUCUGGGAAAGCUUUCCACUAGAAGUUAGAACAUUGCUGCGGGGACUUGCUUCCAUUCAGCCAUGAGUAUUAGUGAGGUCGGGCACUGAUGUUGGGCGAUAAGGCCUGGCUCGCAAUCAGUGUUCCAAUUCAUCCCAAAGGUGUUCGAUGGGGUUUAGGUCAGGGCUCUGUGCAGGCCAACCAAGUUCUUCCACACCAAUCUCGACAAACCAUUUCUGUAUGGACCUCGCGUUGUGCACGGGGGCCAUUGUCAUGCUGAAACAGGAAAGGGCCUUCCCCAAACUGUUCCCACAAAGUUGGAAGCACAGAAUCGUCUAUAAAGUAAUUGUAUGCUGUAGCGUUAAGAUUUCCCUUCAUUGGAACUAAGGGGCCUAGCCUGAACCAUGAAAAACAGCCCCUAACAAUUAUUCCUCCUCCACCAAACUUUAUAGUUGACACUAUGCAUUGGGGCAGGUAGCGUUCUCCUGGCAUCCGCCAAACCCAGAUUCGUCCGUCGGACUGCCAGAUGGUGAAGCGUGAUUCAUCACUCCAGAGAACGUGUUUCCACUGCUCCAGAGUCCAAUGGCGGCGAGCUUUACACCACUCCAGCCAAUGAUUGGCAUUCGCAUGGUGAUCUUAGGCUUGUGUCUGGCUGCUCGGCCAUGGAAACCCAUUUCAUGAAGCUCCCUACUAACAGUUUUUGUGCUGAUGUUGCUUCCAGAGGCAGUUUGGAACUCAGUAGUGAGUGUUACAACUGAGGACAGACGAUUUUUACACGCUACACGCUUCAGCACUCAGCGGUCCAGUUCUGUGAGCUUGUGUGGCCAACCACUUUGCGGCUGAGCCGUUGUUGCUCCUAGGCGUUUCCACUUCACAAUAACAGCACUUACAGUUGACUGGGUCAGCUCUAGCAGGGCAAAAAAAUUACGAACUGACUUGUUGGAAAGGUGGCAUCCUAUGACGGUGCUAAGUUGAGUCACUGAGCUCUUCAUUGAGGAUAUUCUACUGCCAAUGUUUGUCUAUGGAGAUUGCAUGGCCGUGUGCUUGAUUUUAUACGCCUAUCAGCAACGGGGUGGCUGAAAUAGCAUGAUCCACUAAUUUGAAGGGGUGUCCACAUACUUUUGUGUAUAUAGUGUAUGUACAUGAAGGCAGGGUAAAGUGACUAGGUAUCAAGAAGAAGAAGAAUAGACAGAGUAGCAGCAACAUAUGAGUGUAAAAGUGUGUUCUGUAUGAUUGUGUGUGGGUUUUAUGUCAGAGUAGUCUGUCUGUCUGUCGAAGCUGUCUUGAAGCCUGUUGGGCCGAGGGCCAAAUUUUAUUUUAUUUAUUUAAUUUUUUUCGGUACCGUUUGCUGACGUCGACUCACUCACUGACUUCACACACAGUUUCUCCAGACAAAUUCUCAAAUGAUUGGGGGAUGUCAUUAUUGUUGGUUACAAAGUCAGGGCCACAAUCACUAGUGGAACAUUACAGAUAGAAAUGUCAUGAAUAAAGCUCAUGUGAUUCCUGAUUUCUACAUGUCAGACUCAUAUUAACUCUACAUAAUACAUUUUAUAUCUGAACGUUCCACAAUGCUGUUCACUGCUGGCCCAGGUUUUACCACCCAUGUCUGGGCCCAAGAAAAACGAAUCCUAGAUCAGCAUUCCCUCUGAGAUGCUUUAUGAACUCCAUACAGCUGCCACAGAGAGUGAGGCUUUCUACUUCUCCUGUUUCAGAGUGGCAGAGGCCCUGCUUCCAGGCAUUGAGUUUCACCGCUACGUAAGAGAUGGCAUCUCCCUGGUGAGGUCAUCAUCUGCAUACCAGGUGCAUGAGGAUGUUCUCCAACAUCUUGACUUUGGUGAGCAACAAGUUCAUCAUGACCAUUUCUGAGGUUGUCGAAAGUAAUGCUAUGGAUAUCUUAUAGCUAGUAUGGUAAUAGUAUAACAAACCAGUUGUUAAGAGUGUGACAAACAAUAUUAUGGAUGUGAUGAUCAUUUAUUUAUGUCUUUCCACCCAUAGUUGGAGGUGUUCACCGCUUUCCACCCAAGGGGCAGGACCUCAAUGAAGUCUUGACAAAGAGGAGACGGUCUGGAGCGAAGUUUCAUCUUGGAAACACACCCGCCACCCUCAGGUCUCGAUACAACCUGACAGCAGCGGACGUGGGUUCAGCUCAGAACAACAGUCAAGCCGUGGCUCAGGUAUUUGACCACUUGUUAUGUCAAUACCAAUGGACAGCUGUGUCGGACUAGAACAGUUGAUAGAAAAUAUAGGGGGCAAAUGUUUUGCCUCGAUCUAACAAUGAACUUGCCUGUCUGGCAUAAUGUGAAUCUAAGGGCUCAAUUCAAUCAGCCCACUUUGCUCAGUAGCUCUCUUUCCCAUGGUCAAAUAAAAAUACUAAACUGAUCUUUGGUACUAUAUACAAACCUACAACUACUGCCAGGUAGACACCCCUCACAGAUGUGCUUUCACUUUUCAGAAUGAGAAGAGUGUGUGAGUAGGAUGACAUUUGUACGGUGGAUAUGGUUUGAUUGAAUUCCAGCAUAGCUAUCAUCUUAUCCUCUGUCCAGUUCUUGGAGCAGUUCUACCACCCUGCUGACCUGGCUGAGUUCAUGAUGCUGUACGGACGGGGAUUCCAGCACCUGUCUAAGAUUGACCGGGUGGUGGGCGUUCAGGGAGCAGGGAAGGCCGGUCUGGAGGCCAGCCUGGAUGUGGAGUACAUCAUGAGCACAGGGGCCAACAUCUCCACGUGGGUCUUCACCAAUCCAGGUAUACUAACAAUGACAAACCAGAGUGUUAAUGUAGCCUUAGUCACGUUGCCUUUGCAAAAAAAGGUUUCUUUACAUUUGCAUGUUAAUCAUUUGGCGGACGUGACUUAUAAUAAGUGCAUUGAACUAAGGAAGGCGUGACGACCACAUAUCAUCGUCGCGAGUAAGCUAAAACCUUUCCAAGAAUGCUCCUAGCAACAUCCACAAUGCUAGUGAGAUCAAAUACCCAGUGGUAUAUAUAUUUUUGUAUCUUUAGCUAUGUCUCAUAUGUCCAUACUAAUAUACCACUUAGAAUGAAGCAAUGUAUUGGGGAUGCACUCUUAGUACAGGUAGGUAGUAUGCUAGAGUAGAUAUUGAAACAGCCUUUGUCUGAUAGUGGUUUGAUAAUGGAUACUUCUUGACUGCUCCUCAGGUCGCCAUGAGUCCCAGGAGCCAUUCCUCCAGUGGAUGUUGCUGCUCAGCAACAUGACGGACAUCCCGUGGGUCCACACCAUCAGCUACGGGGACGAUGAGGACAGCCUGUCCUCCGCCUACAUGAUGCGCAUCAACACUGAGUUCAUGAAGGCUGGCGUCCGGGGAAUCUCUAUACUGUUUGCCUCAGGUUAGUCUGUGCUAGCCUGGGCCAAAAUCUGUUUGUGCUGUCUUGCCAACACCAAUGGUCAAAAUGCAUGACAAUGACCAUCGGUGUUGGCAAAAGCGCACAAAUAGAUCUGGGACCAGGCUAAGUCAACAUUUUCUGUUUUUUUGGCUUUUUACUUAUAAGUGUUUACGAUCUUGAUCUAGUAGUCAGACAGUGACAGCAGAUUUAUGAUUGUACAUUUAAAAUGAUCUAGACUAUUUGAAUAGUUCAAACUCAAGCAGGUGUUGUGGAUGUUGUAAGAGGUGAUGUGGCCUUGGUUUUUGUGGUGAUGCCAUUGUUACUUUGGAAAUGUGUAAUUUCAGAUAUGAGUCAGGCAGGCAUAUGAUACAUGAACACGGCACCAUGUUUAAUUGAGUAAAUUGACUACUAAAAUUGUGGACAAUGUUUUUUUUUGUAAUCCAUAAUAAUGUCAUCUUGGGUAAGACUAUAAUUUCCCUGAAGUUCGUUUUCAUACUUUAACAAUCUUGCCUCAGGUGAUAGUGGAGCUGGCUGCAAACACUUGACCAAAGGAGAGAAUUCUUUCAGACCAAGCUUUCCUGCAUCAAGGUGAGCCAUUUUCACUGUUGAAAGAAACGAAUGGCACUUGUGUUAUUUGGGUAUUCAUUGCUUUAUUUGAAUCCAUAAAAUACGGAAAGUAUUCGAUUUUGUGCAAGAUUCAAUCCAAUCGCAGGUUAUAGAGUGGCGCAGCGGUCUAAGGCACUGCAUCUCAGUGCUUGAGGCGUCACUACAGACCCCCUGGUUCGAUUCCAGGCUGUAUCACAAUCGGCCGUGAUUGGGAGUCCCAUAGGGCGGUGCACAAUUGGCCCAGCGUCGUCCGGGUUUGGCCGGUGUAGGCCGUCAUUGUAAAUAAGAAUUCGUUCUUAACUGACUUGCCUAGUUAAAUAAAGGUAAAAUAAAUAAAAAUAAAUACGCAUUCCGGUUUUUAAAGGCAGUUUCUCGAUUGAUUUGACAUAUGCAGCGUUUAACGUGGCAACAUUGACUUUAAAUGCCGCAGUGCUUGUAGACCGGUUGGUUGACAAAGUCACGACAAUGAUGUGUGCGCAUCUGAGGCUAAAUACUUAGUCUCUAAACUAGUCAACAAUAGUCUAUUUUGUAAUCUGAAAUCAAUAGAAUAAGAGAACCAUUGUCUUUGUGGGGCAGUGGGGUCGGUUUUCCAGUCCAUACCCAAAUCUGUUCUCCAAAGUGAAUUUCUAUGCUUUCAGCCCAUACGUGACGACAGUGGGGGGAACUUCAUUCAAGAAUCCAUUCAAGAUCACCUAUGAGGUCACGGACUACAUCAGUGGCGGCGGCUUCAGCAAUGUUUUUAAGAUGCCAGACUACCAGGUAUUAAGAGCGUCUAUGCAGGACAUAAACUCACGGACACUGCCAUAGGUCUUUCCUAAAUAUGUGCUUUUUAAAGUGAUCUUUAGAAUUAAAAAAAAUAUAUAUAUAUAUAUAUAUAUGUUGUACGUAACUGAGUAAAAAGACAAAUUAGAUGUAUUCACUAACUAUCAGUUUAGGUACACAAAAGUUCUACCAACAGAUGAGGUCCAGGCUAAUUCUACCAGUAGACCUAAUUGAUGCACACUAAAUGAUGUGUGAAGUAUUUAUUUAUGUAUGGUUUAUUUGGAUAGAGACUGAUACAAAUACGUUGAUUGAAUAAACAAUGAUCUGAUAGCUUGUCACUUUUUGCCGUAGGUCGGUGCUGUGGAGGGUUAUCUGAAAGCGGUGUCGAGUCUCCCUCCAAAGACGUACUUCAACACCAGUGGACGGGCCUACCCAGACAUAGCCGCUCUCUCAGACAACUACUGGGUGGUCACCGAUAGGGUACCUAUCCCCUGGGUGUCUGGUACUUCGGUAAGAAAAUAGUAUCUCAUAGGGUGAAUCUCAAAAGUAUUUUGUUGAUUCCUCGUACAACCUCAAAACAGAUUGGAGAAGAUCUUCCAAUAUACUUUGAGAAGGAGGCAAAGAAUAAACUCAGACUUUUUAGAUUCACCUAUUUUUUUCUCUCACCUGCUUAUCUCCAAAUGUAAAAAGUAUUCAACUGUAUCUAUGAGAAAUACUAUAUAUGUUAUUAUAUUUACAUGUUUGUCAUUUUAGCAAACACUUUUAUCCAGAGCAACUUAAAGGAGCAAUUAGUGCCUUGCUCAAGGGCACAUUGACAUAUUUUUCACCUAGUCAGCUCUGGAAAUAGAACCAGCAACAUUUCAGUUACUGGCCCAAUGCUCUUAAACACUAAGCUACCUGUCGACUCUUGGAUCAUAUAAUGCAUUAACAAUGAAUAUUUACUCAUGUGUUGUUCUUUAGGCCUCCACCCCUGUGGUUGGAGGAAUCCUCUCUCUGAUCAACGACCAGCGCUUUCUGAAAGGCCUGCCUUCUCUGGGCUUCCUCAAUCCCCGCCUGUACCAGCUGCAGGGCCAGGGACUCUUUGAUGUAAGUCACUGAUCAUUCGAUAUGGGGAAAAUAAGACUAGUUUCAUGUUGGGUAUGGUGGUGUCAUGUAUGUGUAUAGUCACAGUAGUGGUGGGAAAAACUACCCAAUAGUCAUACUUGAGUUAAAGUAAAGAUACCUUAAACGAAAAUGACUCAAGUGAAAGUCACCUAGUAAAAGACUACUUGAGUGAAAGUCUAAAAGUAUUUGGUUUUAACUAUACUUAAGUAUAAAAAAUAAAUGUAAUUACUAAAAUAUACUUAAGUAUCAAAAGUAAAAGUAUGAAUCAUUUCAGAUUCCUAACCACACGGCACCAUUUUAUUUUUUAUUUAUUUAUUUAUGGAUAACAGGGGCACACUCCAACACUUAGACAUAUUUACAAAUGAAUCAUUUGUGUUUAGUGAGUCUGCCAGAUCAGAGGCAGUAGGGAUGACCAGGGAUGUUCUCUUGAUAAGUGUGUGAAUAUGACAAUUUUCCUGUCCUAGUAAGCAUUAAAAAUGUAACAAGUACUUUUGGGUGUCAGGGAAAAUGUAUGGCGUAAAAAGUACAUUAUUUUCUUGAGGAAUGUAGUAAAGUAAAAGUUGUCAAAUAGUAAAGUACAGAUGUACUACUUAAGUACUUUACGGCAAUGGAGCAUCUAGUGCAGGGGUUCUCAAAGUUGGGUGUACUGCAGGGGAUCCGCGGACAGAUAAAGUGUGUAUAUAUAUAUAUAUAUAUAUGUGGGGGAAAAAAGUAUUUAGUCAGCCACCAAUUGUGCAUGUUCUCCCACUUAAAAAGAUGAGAGAGGCCUGUAAUUUUCAUCAUAGGUACACGUCAACUAUGACAGACAAAAUGAGGAAAAAAAAUCCAGAAAAUCACUUUGUAGGAUUUUUAAUGAAUUUAUUUGCUAAUUAUGGUGGAAAAUAAGUAUUCGGUCAAUAACAAAAGUUUCUCAAUACUUUGUUAUAUACCCUUUGUUGGCAAUGACACAGGUCAAACGUUUUCUGUAAGUCUUCACAAGGUUUUCACACACUGUUGCUGGCAUUUUGGCCCAUUCCUCCAUGCAGAUCUCCUCUAGAGCAGUGAUGUUUUGGGGCUGUCGCUGGGCAACACGGACUUUCAACUCACUCCAAAGAUCUGGAGACUGGCUAGGCCACUCCAGGACCUUGAAAUGGUUCUUACGAAGCCACUCCUUCGUUGCCCGGGUGGUGUGUUUGGGAUCAUUGUCAUGCUGAAAGACCCAGCCACGUUUCAUCUUCAAUGCCCUUGCUGAUGGAAGGAGGUUUACACUCAAAAUCUCACGAUACAUGGCCCCGUUCAUUCUUUCCUUUACACGGAUCAGUCGUCCUGGUCCCUUUGCAGAAAAACAGCCCCAAAGCAUGAUGUUUCCACCCCCAUGCUUCACAGUAGGUAUGGUGUUCUUUGGAUGCAACUCAGCAUUCUUUGUCCUCCAAACACGACGAGUUGAGUUUUUACCAAAAAGUUCUAUUUUGGUUUCAUCUGACCAUAUGACAUUCUCCCAAUCCUCUUCUGGAUCAUCCAAAUGCACUCUAGCAAACUUCAGACGGGCCUGGACAUGUACUGGCUUAAGCAGGGGGACACGUCUCGCACUGCAGGAUUUGAGUCCCUGGCGGCGUAGUGUGUUACUGAUGGUAGGCUUUGUUACUUUGGUCCCAGCUCUCUGCAGGUCAUUCACUAGGUCCCCCCGUCUGGUUCUGGGAUUUUUGCUCACCGUUCUUGUGACCAUUUUGACCCCACGGGGUGAGAUCUUGCAUGGAGCCCCAGAUCGAGGGAGAUUAUCAGUGGUCUUGUAUGUCUUCCAUUUCCUAAUAAUUGCUCCCACAGUUGAUUUCUUCAAACCAAGCUACCUAUUGCAGAUUCAGUCUUCCCAGCCUGGUGCAGGUCUACAAUUUUGUUUCUGGUGUCCUUUGACAGCUCUUUGGUCUUGGCCAUAGUGGAGUUUGGAGUGUGACUGUUUGAGGUUGUGGACAGGUGUCUUUUAUACUGAUAACAAGUUCAAACAGGUGCCAUUAAUACAGGUAACGAGUGGAGGACAGAGGAGCCUCUUAAAGAAGAAGUUACAGGUCUGUGAGAGCCAGAAAUCUUGCUUGUUUGUAGCUGACCAAAUACUUAUUUUCCACCAUAAUUUGCAAAUAAAUUCAUAAAAAAUCCUACAAUGUGAUUUUCUGGAGAGAAAAAAUUCUCAAUUUGUCUGUUAUAGUUGACGUGUACCUAUGAUGAAAAUUACAGGCCUCUCUCAUCUUUUUAAGUGGGAGAACUUGCACAAUUGGUGGCUGACUAAAUACUUUUUUCCCCCACUGUAUAUAUAUAUAUAUAGUGUACCAGUCAAAAGUUUGGAGACACCUACUCAUUCCAGGGUUUUUCUUUUCUUUUUACUAUUUUCUACAUUGUAAAAUAAUAGUGAAGACAUAAACUUUUAAUUAACACAUAUGGAAUCAUGAAGUAACCAAAAAAGUGUUAAACAAAUCAAAAUAUAUAUAUUUUUUGAGAUUCUUCAAAGUAGCCACCCUUUGCCUUGAUGACAGCUUUGCGCGCUCUUGGCAUUCUCUCAACCAGCUUCAUGAGGUAGUCACCUGGAAUGCAUUUCAAUUAACAGGUGUGCCUUGUUAUUUUGUGGAAUUUCCUUCCUUCUUAAUGCGUUUGAGCCAAUCAGUUGUGUUGUGACAAGGUAGAGGUGGUAUACAGAAGUUAGCCCUAUUUGGUAAAAUACCAAGUCCAUAUUAUGGCAAGAACAGCUCAAAUAAGCAAAGAGAAACGACAGUCCAUCGUUACUUUAAGACAUGAAGGUCAGUCAAUCCGGAACAUUUCAAGAACUUUAAAAGUUUCUUCAAGUGCAGUCGCAAGAACCAUCAAGCUCUAUGAUGAAACUGGUUCUCAUGAGGACCGCCACAGGAAAGGAAGACCCAGAGUUACCUCUGCUGCAGAGGAUAAGUUCAUUAGCGUUAACUGCACCUCAGAUUGCAGCCCAAAUAAAUGCUUCACAGAGUUCAAGUAACAGACACAUCUCUACAUCAACUGUUCAGAGGAGACUGCGUGAAUCAGGCCUUCAUGGUCUAAUUGCUGCAAAGAACCCACUACUAAUGGACACCAAUAAGAAGAGGCUUGCUUGGGCCAAGAUACACGAGCAAUGGACAUUAGACCGGUGGAAAUCUGUCCUUUUGGUCUGAUGAAUCCAAAUUUGAGAUUUUUGGUUCCAACCGCUGUGUCUUUGUGAGAUGCGGAGUAGGUGAACAGAUCAUCUCUGCAUGUGUGGUUCCCACAGUGAAGCAUGGAGGAGGAGGUGUGAUGGUGUGGGGGUGCUUUUCUUGUGACACUGUCCGUGAUUUAUUUAGAAUUCAAGGCACACUUAACCAGCAUGGCUACCACAGCAUUCUGCAGCGAUACGCCAUCCAUCUGGUUUGCGCUUAGUGGGACUAUCAUUUUGUUUUUCACAGGACAAUGAUCCAACACACCUCCAGGCUGUAUAAGGGCUAUUUGACUAAGAAGGGGAGUGCUGCAUCAGAUGACCUGGCCUCCACAAUCAUCCGACCUCAACCCAAUUAAGAUGGUUUGGGAUGAGUUGGACUACAGAGUGAAGGAAAAGCAGCCAACAAGUGCUCAGCAUAUGUGGGAACUCCUUCAAGACUGUUGGAAAAGCAUUCCUCAUGAAGCUGGUUGAGGGAAUGCCAAGAUUGUGCAAAGCUGUCAUCAAGGCAAAGGGUGGCUAUUUGAAGAAUCUGAAAUAUAAAAUAUAUUUUGAAUUGUUUACAUGAUUCCAUAUGUGUUAUUUCAUAGUAAAGAUAAAGAAACCCCCUUGAAUAGGUGUCCAAACUUUUGACUGGUAAUAUAUAUAUAUAUAUAUAUAUAAACAAUCAAUUUAAACUAAUUUUGGCCAAGGAAUAAGUUUAGUGUGUAAUAAAUUGUUAACCCUAUUACAUUGUAUGUUCAGGCUCACAUGGGUAUUGGUAUCCACAGUACUCCAAGAAUUAUCCCUGUUUCAACUCAAUACUUAUUGUAUUCCCAAAAAUGGUUGCAUUUUUCAACAUAAAAAAAUAUAUAUAUUCUCUUAGCAUCAUGGCAAAAUGUGUAGAAUUGCAGGAUAUUGGCUUUUUAAAAGCUGGAACAGCUAAAAACAUCUCUUCCCUAUAAAAAUGUGUAGAAUUGCAGCACAUUUCCUUAAAUUGCAACAUUUUCUCUCCAGUGCCAAGAGGCGGGCCUUUAAAAUGUUCCUUCCCAGGGCCCGAGACUUGGUUAAUCCAGCCAUGCACUGCUGGCUAAAUCAUAGUAAAAUGCCUUGUAUGAGAUAGAUGGAGAGAUCUCAGUCUAGUUGUGUUCUGAUUUUAUGAAUUUGCUAAGGUAUCCCCCGCCCCAAAAAGUUUGAGAAUCCCUUGAGCUAUUGUUUCUCAAUGUUGUAUUGUGAAGACCACCACAAGAUGGCAGUAAAGAAGAGGUUUCCUCCUGUCAUUCCAUUUACUGACUGCUUUCUGUUCCGACCCCCAGGUGACUGAUGGUUGUCACCUGAGCUGUCUGGACGAGCAGGUCCAGGGGAAGGGUUUCUGCGCGGCACCAUCGUGGGACCCAGUCACCGGAUGGGGAACGCCCAACUACCCUGCUCUGCUGGCUGCCCUGGUGUUGGAGAAAUGAACGCCUGGGACUCUAUUCAGAAAGUGCAAAUGUAACAGAAUGUUAAGAUAGAAAGGUAGUGUGUGGAACAAACCUUUGUCUGCGGUGUAGAGUAGAGAUUGUGUCAGCUCUAUAUUUGUUACAUUUCUAACUGCAACUUUCUGAACGUUUCACCUCAGAAUACACCCCUGACAAUUUUGAAGUACUUCAGCUGCCUGCUUAUAUGGUGUCAAGCAAUGCCUCCUUUCACCUUCCAUUGUAAAUUACACUGGACAGAUACUUUUAUUUUUAAAUGGAAAACACAAUUCUGGCAUAUCCUUCGUCUCAGGUUGUUUGAUACUUUUGAAGGAUAGACUCAUUUAAUGUGGUCAGUGACAUAAAAUAUACAUUAAUUUUCACUGUUACAAGUUCAUCAGUCAGCCAUAUGAUCGUAACCAGAUCUGGUGGGCUAAUCAAUGACAAGGUACGUAGAUCAAACAGGUAUUCUUUUCAUAUUGUUUUUGCAUGCGUGUAAUGAUAAAUAUUUCUACUCAAAAGGGUGGUGAAGUUAGGCCUAUGCUAUACAUUUCUUAUCUGAAUCUUGGACAAAUCGUUUUUUGCUUGAGGAGAGAAGCAGCAUUUACCAUGGUGUUAUUGAUUUCAAAUAUGUUCUGUGGUUGCACACACAGGCCUAUACCAAAUAAUUACCGAUUUUAAUCUUGAUGUGCUCAUUUGAGCAAAUUGAUUCUGCAAAUCUCUAUCCACCAGAAUUGUUGCACUUGUUUUUACUUUUUAAUAGGUUUUUGGAAAUGGUCCAUGCAAUGUAUAAAAUAAAGACUGCAUUGAUUGUAAACAUUGAAUGAAGUUGGAAAUAAUGAGUUCGCUCUGCCGUCCGUACUUGAACUUGUCUUUGCUUUGAGGAAAUAAACUGUACUUACUGGUGGUGA